AUGAGAAGCUUGUCAGUACUAGUGCUUACAUUUAUCUGUGCAAUUGUGCAUUGUGGCCUCACAAACGAUCAACUACUCAAAAAAGUUCAUAGUUCCAAGCACAAAGUUUUGACAUUGAAUGACGAAAACUAUGAAAGCAUUUUAAAUGGGCCAAGAGACUAUCACGUUGUGGCUCUUUUAUCCUCAAAUUCGCCUCAAAUCAACUGUGUUUUGUGUCAUCAAAUAUCUCCCGAGUUCGAAAUUGUUGCUGAUUCAUGGGUGAAAGACCAUGCAAAGGGAAUCACAAUUGAACAAGAGGAGGAGGAGUCUGAGGCAGCGGCAACCAGUAAUAGCAAAGAUCACCAAAAAAUUGAAGCUAAGAACAUUUAUUUCUUUAAAUCGGAAUUUGCUGAAUCCAAGAAAUUGUUUUCCCUCUUUGAAUUAAACACAAUUCCCAAGAUCUUCCACUUCAAACCAACCAAAGCUUUGGGCCCUAGAAAUUUCCUUCGUGAGAAACAAGAGUACCAGUUCUUCCAAGGUGAUCACAAGACAUUAAUGCUAAAUUGGGUGCAAGAUGUAACAGGUCAAAAGAUCAACUUGCACAUUCCAAUUGACAACACAAAGUUAAUCGUUCAUGCAGUUAUUGGUUUUGUUUCCAUGUUUUUAUUGAAAAGGUACCGUAAGAAUGUCGGUAAGGCCCUCACUUCAAAACUUUCAUGGUGUAUUGUGUCUUUAAUCAGUGUGUUGUUAUUCACUACUGGGUAUAUGUUCAAUCAAAUAAGAGGAAGUCCCUAUGUACUCGAACAUGCCGAUGGUCGGACUGAGUAUUUUGCGCCUGGACAGCAAACACAGUUUGGUAUCGAAACUCAAAUCAUGUCGUUUAUCUAUGGAACUUUGAGUAUUUUGGUGAUAAUUUUGAUUAAACGAGCACCUGAAAUUAAAAAUGAGUCGAUUUCCUUGAUCUUGGUAUCGGUGAUUAGUUUGUUAAUUUUCCUUAUGUUCAGUUUGCUCUUGUCGAUUUUUGGAUUCAAGGGAAUGGGAUUCCCAUAUAGAUUUCUUAGAUUCUUUUAA